UCAGACCUCGGCUCACGUGCAGUCCAUCUGUGACGCCCUGGAGAUCCCCCACAUCGAGACCCGUUGGGACUACAGACUCCGGCGGGAUGAUUACUCCGUCAACCUCUACCCUCACCCCUCCUCCCUCAGUAAGGCAUACCUGGAUCUGGUGAGGAUGUUCGGGUGGCGGUCCUUCUGUAUCCUGUACGAGGACAACGAGGGGCUGGUCAGGAUGCAGGAGCUCCUAAAGACGCCCUCCCCUAAUGAGUUCAAGGUGACCAUACGCCAGCUGCCCCAAAGUGAUGAUUACAGGGACGUACUGAACGAGGUGAAGGGGACACUAGAACAAAACAUCAUUCUGGACUGCAAGACGGAGAAGGUCGGCAUGGUGCUCAAACAGGCUCAGCAGAUAGGCAUGAUGUCUUCCUUCCACAACUAUAUCAUCUCCUCCCUGGACCUACACCUGGUCAACUUGGAAGACUUUAAGUACGGCGGCUCCAACGUGACGGCGGUAAGACUGAUUGACCCAGACCGAGAGGAGGUGAAGAACGUGAUGAAGGACCUACAGGCUGGCCGGGGCAUGUACACCAACAAGCUCCAUGACGAGGACGUGAUCAUGAAGCUCAGGAACUUGAGUUUCUGGACGACGGAGACAGCGUUGAUGUACGACGCCGUGAAGCUCUUCGUUCUGGCCAUACAGGCGUUGGACAACUCGACGGACGUGCAGAUGACCUCCCUGGUGUGUGAGGAUGAGGACGCUUGGGUACACGGUAACUCUCUCAUCAAUUACAUGAAGCUGGUCAAGAUGCCAGGACUCACUGGUCCCAUAGAGUUCGAUGCAUUGGGGUUCAGGACGGACUUCAACCUUGAUAUAGUGGAGCUGGGCAUGAAGAACUUGACUAAGGAAAAUGAAGUGGUGAAAGUGGGGACGUGGAACAGGAAGACGGGGACAAACUACACCAGGAGUUAUCAGGACACCCAGAAGAAGAUCGUAGACGGCCUUCAGAACAAGACACUCAUCGUCUCCUUUGCAUACAACGAUCCGUACAUCAUGCUAAAAGAGAGCUCCGAACAGCUGUCUGGGAAUGACCGCUUCGAAGGCUUCUGUAUCGACCUCCUCAACGAGAUCUCCAGCAUCCUCAAGUUCAACUACACCCUCAUCCCCGUCCCCGGCAACGCUUACGGCACGAGGAACCAGGACACGGGGGAAUGGAACGGCAUGAUUAAGGAACUGCUGGAACAGCGGGCAGACAUGGCUAUCACCGACCUCACCAUCAACUACGAGCGAGAACAAGCUGUAGACUUCACAAUGCCCUUCAUGAACAUGGGUAUCUCGAUCCUGUACAAGAAGCCGCAGAAGAUGGCCCCCUCACUCUUCUCCUUCCUCUCCCCACUCUCCCUCGAAGUCUGGAUGUAUAUGAUUACUGCCUACGUCGGUGUCUCUGUCUUGAUGUAUAUUCUAGCCAGGUUCACGCCGUACGAGUGGCAGAACCCGCACCCGUGUGACCCAGACCCUGACACCCUGGAGAACCAAUUCACCAUCCUCAACUGCCUCUGGUUCGCCAUCGGCUCCCUUAUGCAGCAGGGGUGUGACUUCCUGCCCCAGGCGGUGUCAACAAGGAUGGUGGCAGGUAUGUGGUGGUUCUUCACUCUCAUCAUGAUCUCCUCCUACACGGCUAACUUGGCCGCCUUCCUCACGGUCGAGCGCAUGGAGUCCCCCAUCGAGUCGGCCGAGGAUCUGGCCAAGCAGACCAAGAUCAAGUACGGUUCCCUGGCCUCCGGUACCACCCUCUCCUUCUUCAGAGACUCCACCCUACCCACCUACGCUCGUAUGUGGUCCUUCAUGGAGUCCACCAGUCCCUCCGUCUUGGUCAAGAGCAACGCUGAAGGUGUUAAGAGAGUUCAGGAGAUGAACGGCCUGUACGCCUAUCUGAUGGAAUCGACCUCUAUCGAGUAUGUCAUCGAGAGGAACUGUGACCUAACGCAGGUGGGCGGCUUGCUCGACUCCAAGAGCUACGGCAUCGCCCUCCCCUCUGGUUCUACCAUCAAGGAGGUACUGGACGUCGCUAUAUUGACUAAGCAAGCUGAGGGCCGAUUCCACAUACUAAAAGAAAAAUGGUUUAGGCAAAAGAGAGGUGGUGGAAAAUGCAGGGAGGAGGCUGGAGGUAGCAGCAUGGCGAGUGAGCUGAACUUGUCUAACGUGGGCGGUGUGUUCGUGGUGCUGUUGGGCGGGAUGGGACUCGCCCUCAUUGUCGCCAUGGGAGAGUUCGUCCUCGAGUGUUGGGGUAUCGCCAAGGAGGACGAGGAACCUAUGAUGGACGUGUUGAACAAGGAACUGCGCUUCGUCUUCAAGUGUAAGGGGUCGUCCAAGCCUGUGAGAAAGAAAGCCUCCGAGUCUGAGGUGGGCGACGCUAGCAACAACCUCUUCGGCUCUGAUGUUUACAACUACUCUGGCAAAAAUCCGCUUAGCUGAUUGCCGGACGUGACGUCACGUUCUGACGUCACAGAUGAUUCCCACCCUUGGAUGCUUCCCAGCUAUGUUCCACCGCCACCCUCCCCAGUAGUCAACCUCAGCACAUCUACAAUCAACCAGAACGCUUCUACUGCCAACCAGAACCCAUCUACCGCCAAUCAGAACUCGCCGUUGCACUGUGGGCCGAGUAAGAACUCUUCACCCUUGCCGUCAGCCAAUCGGCGUGAAGCGACAUUCGACGCAGCGAAUCUGAGACAACGGAAAAAUUAGUAGUAGCGACUGUUGACAGUUAUAUAUCCUUUUGUGACGUUGGUGUUUUUCUCACCUCCACUUGUUGUUUGGUGGUGUAGACAAGUGACACAAACUGGGAGUUGUUAGUCCUGACUUGUUUUGGUUCCUCUCCUCUGACUCGUGAAAAGGUUGAGAGACUUUUACGGAACUUUCGAAGCUGGCGAGAAAAAAUUGCGCCUCCUGGCGCUUACUUUUUUCCGUUAAUAGGAAAGCGGAGGCAAUAUUUUGUAGUGCCUGGUUGAACAAACCGUUAAGGUACAGGAGACUGAAGAAUUAUUUCUAGAAGUGAACUUUGUAUCUCGUAAGAUGACAAUAGUUUUAGACGGGUUCAGGCUAUUAAAAUUUGUCUUUUUGUAAACGACAUUUCUUAUGAAGGAAAAUCUUUGCGUCGUUUGCUGCGUCCCGAUGAUAUUUUCUCGCCUCGAACUGUAAUUUAUAUCCCACCUUGUUGAGACAAUCCAGUUUUGUUUUGGGAACACUCAGAGGCCCGUGCUGUACCACAUAGCUGCCUUUUACUGAAGCUAAGGAUGCCCUGUGGGUUCAAUUCACUUAUGAUUAUUUUCAUGGAUAAUUUCAUCUACUAUUGUUUUAUUGGAAACUCUCGACCCUCCUUUGCUAAUCUGUGUGACAUUCCCUGCGCCCGCUACCUCACCUAAGUUCAUGUGCGGCUGGCAGCUCCACACUUACCCACCACAAAUCCCUGGCUCUAACCUAUUGUUGAUGUUUUGUAUAGUUUUAGAAGGUCGUUGUUAAUGAAGUGAUAUUAUCAUUUACGGACGCAACUCACUGUUUAAUACACGGACAAUGACUGAUAUUUUUUUCAGUUGAUUACUAGAAGUAGAUCAGAAAGCAACGGGAACAUAUGAUUAGUGGACUGUACAGAACUACCUGCUGAUUAGUAGACUGUAUAGAACUACCUGUUGAUUGGUGGAAUACACAGAGUUAAUAGCUGUCUGGUUGGUGGAGGGAGCGUUGCUAAUUAGUGAUUGGUGGGUCAUUUAGACUUACAAGCUGAUUUGCGAUUACACCAGAAAGGAAAAGAACUAUAAAAGCUAGUGGUUGAUUGGCGAAGAUACAGAAGCUGUAUGGUGAGUGGUCAAGAUUCAGAAGCUGUAUGGUGAUUGGUCAAGAUUCAGAAGCUGUAUGGUGAUUGGUCAAGAUUAUGAUUGGCGAAGAUUCAGAAGCUAGGUGAUUGGUCAAGAUUCAGAAGCUAGGUGGUGAUUGGUCAAGAUUCAGAAACCAGGAAGUAUAUGAUUGACGAAGAUUCACAAGCUAGAAGGUGAUUGGUCAAGAUUCAGAAGCUAGAAAGUGAUUGGUCAAGAUUCAGAAACCAGGAGGUAUGUGAUUGGAAAAGAUUCAGAGACUAGGAGAUGAUUGGUAAAGGCUACACUGAUUUGGUAUUUUGGUAAUGUUAGCAUUGAAAUCUUGAUUAUAUGGAGCUUUUGUAACCUCACACACACACACACACACACAUACAGGCUAUUUUCUUGUUAACAUCACAUACUUCUAAAAAGAAAGAUGUUGUCGCUAUUAUAUUUUCCUGUCAAUUUCUGCUGUUUCCAUUUUGUUUUACUGGCCAACGACCAUCUCACCAAGAAAAAAUUUUCCAUUAAAUUAUACCCUAAGAUAUCUUACCGUACUCUCUCUCUCUCUCUCUCUCUCUCUCCUUUAAGGUACAUAUAUUCACCAAGAUCUGUUCUCACCACUUGUUGUUGUUGUUGUUUUUUCACUCUUAUCUGGCUCCCAUUUCAUCUAAGUCAUCACAUCCAUUUUAAGUUAGUUUCACUUGUCUCUUCUUGAAUUCGUCUUUCUUCUUCACUUCACUUACGUCCAAAGCCACACCCGGUGAUUUUCCCAAGAAUAAAUACUUAACUUUAAUAACAACAACAAAACAACCGAACAUCCAACAUCCAUAAACAAAAUAAUAGUUGUUAUUGUGUGGAUGGAAGCCGACUUGAGGCAUUCUUCUGUACACAUUACAAGUCUUAAAAUUGAAUUCUUUAAUAAACAUGAAUGUCACCAUCACAUGUAUAUCGGUGCUUAGAAUGUUAGAACUUUUUGUGUAUAUAAUGCCAGUGUGUGUGUUAGUGACUCGACAAAGGGCAUUCGAUCCCACACUUUACUUUCCUUCCCACUGUUAACAACUUGUGUACUGUAAUGUUUUUAAUCAGCAUAUUAGUACAGUUAUGUGAUAGUACAGUUAACGAUUUGAAGUCAUUUACCAUUACUUCUGGAGUCACUUCAGGGUUGUUUUAAUUUGUAUUUAUUUAUUAUUGUUUACUAUAUCCAAUGCUAUGCUCUUUUCUUUUCUUCACUCGUAGGCCAUGUUGGUGUAUCUGAAAUUCGUCUCUCAUAUAUCGUUCUUCCCCUUCGUUGACCAAUUUACUUACCUGACACACGAACAUUUUAAGUACAGUCUUGCUGAAACACGAAAAAUAAUUAAAUGAACUAAACCAACAGGAAGAUUCUCAAUUAAAAAAAUUAUUCGAUGUAUAGUUUAAUUAUAGAAAUAUAAAAAAACAGUAUUAAAUAAACAUUAACUGCAGUUCAUAUUUGUGUCCAAUAUACACAUCCUAAAACAUAAAUAUUGUCAUUAUCCGAAGCUCUUCCUCAUGGUUCAGAUCGUUCAGUCUUCUUUAGCAUUUCAAGUGGGGUGACUCACGUGGAUCUGUCAUUGUUAUGUUGUAAGUUAUGACGCUGUCGCUUCCAUCAACCCGGAGGAAAUAUUGCCGUAUGGACCUCACCAUUGCUUGUCUUGCUUCUCACGCUUUGAUAAUUAAAGUUGAGGUCGUUUCCCUGGUUAAUCGACUUCCUUCAUUUCUUCAUUAUCCAUUUCACAUCAACAUUUUUUUUUCCAUAUUCCUUCUUUUUUUGUUCUUAUUCUCGAUUGUAUUUUUUAAUAAUUUAAUUUCAUUCUUAAUUGUUAUUCUUCUCCAAAUAUUUUUAACAAUUCAUAUAAUAGAGUUACUUCUUGUUGUUGUUUGAGAUAAGACGUGCAGUUUGUCAUUUGUCUUCGCCUGAUUGGUGAAGCUGUAACAAGUGAACAAACAUUACUGAUCGAUGUACCUUGCCAUUCAUAUCGCGAAAUCUCCUUUUUAAAGCUUGGAUAAGACUAUGUGUUUAUCCACACCCCUUCAAGUUAGUUAUAUAUAUAUAUAUAUAUAUAUAUAUAUAUAUAUAUAUAUAUAUAUAUAUAUAUAUAUAUAUAUUGUUGUGUAGGGUGUUUACAAAGUCCCUUUAUUGUUCAUAUUUUCAGUCCCUCGAGGAUGUUAUGUAUCCAAAAUGUCUGUAUGUACGCCAUCAUGUUCGGCUUUAUAUUUUUUUCGUCAUGUUUGUUGCAACUUUGACCUGCCAGAGGAAACGUUUGUAGUUGUAAGUCAUUACGUACAUAGGUCAGGGAUGCAAUCAUAUGCUGACUGUUGGAGUACAUAUUAUUCAUUUCUAGGAUGUGUAACUUUCUCAGUGGACUGAGAGCCCCACCAUCAAGGGAAUUUGUCAAUACAGCGUAUAGGUAUCGACGUAUUCUAAGGUGGCGACACUUUAUUACUGUACAGUAUGUAUGUAUUUGCAUGUUAUAGGUGUUGUUAUAUCGCUUGACGAUUAAAAAAAUGUUUUAGACUGUUUUUCAAAAGGUAUGAAUGAUUCUGUCACCAAAAUAAAUAUGCUGACAAUAAGAGAGAAGUUUAUAAAAAGAAAUCUAUCAAUAUAAGUACACCGGAUUAUGUAUGGUGAGGAUGGGCCACUGAGUACAAGUUAGGUGUAGGUGUGCGGGGGUCACUCUCUUGUGAGGAUACCGGGCCAAGUUUUUGUGAGGACGCGACAUUAUGUUUUGCGAGGCUACCGGUCGUUCCUUAUGAGAAUAUUGUAUUUGGUCGACUUUGUGAGGGCAUACUGUAGUGUUAAGUUUUGUAAGGAUACCAAGUCAAAUUUUGAGAGGAGACAGGGUGACGAAUCUCCUACGUGUUAUUAUUUGGGGGGAGGAAUUUACCCUCAGUGUGUACUCUCAUAGCAUCGUACAGGUAACAGUACACCCGCAUUUUAUAAAAGAGAAAUCGUACGUUAAUUUUUCCCUCCAACUGUGGAUGAUGAAAAAACAACGCAUCUAGUUCAGGUGUUCUUGGUUUAAUUCAGACAAUAUUUUUGUUUAUAAUCAGGAUGCGGAUGAACGGAGUUAUGGAAAGAUUCUGUAAAUUGUGGAAGAGUCUGGACUUAACCUGUAAUAAGUGAAGAAGAUAACAAUUAUCAUGAGACAGUAGCCAGUGGUUCAGGACCUGAUGAGUGUUGAACUUGAUAUGACGACAAAGUCCGUUAUUUUGUAUGAUCUGGUGUGAUGCUUGUGGGUAUUGGUUUAAAUUGCAAUCCUGUAUACUGUAUUUAUUUUAAUGAGUUUGUAAGCAAAUUGUGUAUGUAUAUAUAGAAUGUGUACUCUUCAUCCAAGCCCCUCUCUGGAAAGUAGAAAAAUAAAAUAAAAGUAACUAUUUUACUUUGUCAGGACAGUAGAAGAACUUUGAUUUUUAUCUAAGUUGGUGGAGUUUAGAGAAAAUAAAAACUUUGGGGGUCAAUAUUGAGGAGAGGGUGACCUGACGGUGACCUAACCUCCUAGCACUCUUUGUGACCCUCUCCGCCCAGACGAAGGAGCUCACCACUGACCUCCCUCUGCUAGUUUACCCAUCACCACUCUCCUACCACCGUGACUAUUACUACCCUACCACCACUACACCAUCAUUAUUACCUCACCAUUAUCACCAUCUCAUCACUACCACUACCCUCAUCGCCACUACCCUCACCAACGCUAUCACACCACUACCUCCAUCCUAUACCAACACAACCAUUACACCCCCACCACCACUUCACCGUCACAUCACUACCUACGACCAUUACACCCCUAUCCCAACCACCACAAUCACCACCACCACCACCACUACUACUACCCACCCCCCUUCACCAGCAUCACCGUUCUUCCCCUUAACAUUCCCUACAUUUUUCUCCUUUACUGUGACAGGUCUUGGUCCCUGGCAGUCUUAAUAUCCGUGUCCCAGACCUCACUUGACAUCACCUUCCUCUUCCUCCUCGUCCUCCUCCUCCUCUUCUCCCUCCUCCUCCUCCUCCUCUCCCUGGUCUCCCACACCCCUAAGCAGCUCCCUCACUACCACCACCCGCUAUACAGGCUGCUGCUGCUGCCUCCUCUUCAUGUAUGUGUUUCCCGUCAGGAUUGUUUUCUUCGACCCCUUGUAAGUAUUUCUUGACAAAUAAAUUAUUUUAAGCAAG